AUGGCACUGUGGCCUGUGACUGGGGCCCCUUACCAACCAGAAGAAGACCAGCUGACCCUGUGCCACCCUCCCAGUGCCUGCCCCUUCUUUGGGGAUCUCCCAUCCCUGCGGAAUUCAUUUCACCUCAGACAGUUAGAAGAAGGACGUGGAUAUCGGAUGCACUUACUUCUUUGCAAUACCGCAGACUGGGCUGGGAAACAUUAUCUGACUGAGCAAAUCCAGGGCCAAGAAAGCGCCGGUCAGAAAGCAAUUGAGGAACUGCUUAAGGAGGCAAAACGUGGGAAAACUAGAGCAGAAACGAUGGGACCCAUGGGCUGGUUGAAGUGUCCUCUCGCUGGCACCAAUAAAAGAUUUCUAAUUAACACAAUUAAGAACACACUGCCCUCCCACAAGGAGCAAGACCAUGCAAAAGAGGGCAAUCAGGAACCUGCCAAGAGCCAGGCACAGAAAGAAGAAAGCCCGUAGAAGCCCAGAAGCCAUUCUCAGGAGCCCUGCCUCCAUGCCUGAGGCAAGGCCCCUUGCUCCUCACCAAGGAAGCGCAGCACCCAGGACAAGUACCAGAAGCCCAACCAGGGGCGAGGCAGGGGCCAGGGCCAGCCCCCCAGGCACGAGCCUGGGUGCCCCAUCUGGGACAAGGCCGUGCAGAGAAGGCUGUGGAAGACAGGCCUCCUCUGGCCGGGUGAGCAUUUGAGAGUGACUUACAGCAGAUCCUUUGUUUUUUUUGAAGAAGCUGCUGGCAACAGGUGAAAAAUGACCUAGCGGCUCUUGAAGGCAACAGUCCAAAGGAAGAUGUCUUGGCGAGUUUAGGCUGCUUCAGCUGUGUCAUAUGCGUGUCUUGUUUCUCUUCUAUCUUGGUUGGAGUGAGUUUUGAAAUAGACAAAUCUAUAAUUUAAAGUUUUCGGAAAUUGUUCAAAUGAAUUCCCACUUUUUUUUUUUUUUUUUUUGGUCAUUUCUCACAAAAAUAAAAAAUUCUUAUAAAUCCUGUUUGGGGUGUCAGAUUCAAAAUUUAAAAAUCACCUGGCCAGUGACCCUGUUGAUGAAAGUUGUAGCUCUUUAUGGUCUGAGUCUUUGUCCAGAAACUCUUUGGUAACCAUAAUUUGUUCUCCUUUAAGUGAAAAUGUAGAAAAUCCUCAAAGUGGCUUUGACCGUGUGCACCAUGGCAAUUACUCAAGGUUAAAAAGUUGGCUCUGUGUUUUCCUGUGCAUUCGCAAACUCAUCUCUCAGAUAAAACAAUUUUUCUAAAUUUAAUUUUUUAGCAUAUGGGUUUUAAGUGGUGCUUUAAAAAGAACCCUCACAAGUUAAAAUUAAUAUAGUUAUUUUAGUCUAGACCUUAUUUAGUUAAAGACUUACGAUACCACUAUUGGGAUAGUUGUUCCAGAAAUCUUCAUUUUAAACAAAAGUAUAUUUACAACACCUUUCCUCUCCCCACCAGUACUGGUCCUCAGUAUCUGUUUUAACAUAUGGUUACAAACCUUUCAAUCUUGUAUUACUCCUUCAUACUCAGGAAAAAUGUCACCAAGCGCCCUCCUCCUCCGUCCAUAUAAGGAAGAAGUCUCUGUCCCCCUGUCCCCUCCCUAGUUUUCCAAAGCGUCCAAGUCUAUGCC